AUGAACGAUCCGAAAUAUGCAGCGGAAUACCAUAAAAAUGCAGUGGAAGACCCGCAAGAAGUCUUGGAAGACAGCCCAGGCGUGGGCGCAGAGAAGUGGCAGAAGAUGCAAGCUGAACAUGAAGCUCGCAAAAUCCCGCUUGAAUUCAAACACAUGAUGGAGAGACCUGGUACCACGGUUGCGCAAGUCGAGCAAUGGAUUAGAACUCUCUACUCUGCUAUCUCCCUAGCUGAGCAAAGAAACCAACUCAAGACCCCACACAUGGCCGCAUCUGCCUUAUAUGGCCUCUACAGCCUCAUCUUGAGGUAUCCAGAGGAUGAAGAGCUCCUACAUAAAUUCGAGCUCCUCAAUCCGUCAGCUGGAUUCUCACCAGAGAUAGCCAAUCUGGAUGAAUUUCGGGCGAUCUUCGAAAAAGAUCCCCAGAUUAGUAAGGCAGUGUCCAUCCAUAGGGAAGAAAGGGAAGAACCCCUCAAGGCCCUCGCCGCAAACUUCUCCUCUUCAUCUUCUCACAAGAGGGUGGUGACCCUGGCUGUCUUUAAUAAUGUGCUCACACAAUAUCCAACGGAUCAGCUGUACAGAACCCAGUUUCAAAGAAUUUUCAGCCAGCCAACUCUUUUUCCACAUGAGCAAGAACUCAUAAAACAUGUACCUUACCACACCUAG